AUGCCUCGUCGCACGUACAAAUACUUCCAGAAUAGGAAAUGUCAGUGGAGCCAUUGAAAACAGUAGUGACAUGAAUGUUCAGGUGACAAUGUUGAAGAUAAUGGUGAAGAAUGUGCUCCCGUAGAAGUGGACGAUAACACUCAAGGAACUGUAGAUGAGUCAACGUGUGUCUAUCAGAAUGUGGCAGAGAUUAACAAAGUGCUCAAGACGAGGAAAAAGAUUGAUUACUACGGACUCGUCGAAAAUGCGUGCCAGGUUGACGUCGUCGUCGACCCUCAAACUUUCUAUCUAACUUCGGCGUUCUCGUUGCUCAUGGUUAAGUAAACAUUGAUUUCCAUAUUCUUUAUUCUCUUUUCAGCUCAAAAAAGGGCGAAACGAGAAGAAAGUUAAGAAAACUUCGGCUCCUGUGACUCAAAUCAACACGGCAAAAGGAUUCAACUUGGCGCAGGCAAAAGCGGUGGAUUCUCCUGUCGCUUUCCCCGGCGGACUAGUCAUAAAGGUGACAGAUAUGAUCGCGACUGCUAUGUGUGCCAACCAGGGCUGGGCAAAUGGCCGGCCAUGGCCGGCCAUGGCUGGCCAAUGAAAAGCCCUGGCCGGGCUAGUUGCAAGCGCGCUCCACUGCAAAAAAGCCCUGGCCGGCCAAUGGUACGGUAAGCAAUUCGGUUCACUGAGCGGUGUUUGCACACAAAGCAUUUUAAAUAAAGAAAAAAACGUGUUUUCGAAAGGGUUUUCUUUUUUUUCUAAGUUUUUUCACUUCAUGAUCAAAUAUUUUCACAGAAAAAUGCUCUAUUCGAUGAAUUCGAUUCAUAACGUUGUUCCCAUACAUUUUUUUCUUUCGUUUCGUUCUCAUGCAUCUCGUUCUCAUUAAUUCUGUCGUUUUCUUUUAUUUUUCUCUUCACUUCUGCUAAUUUUCGAAAUUUGUCAGCUUUCAUUUCAUCGAAAUUUAAUUCACUUACUUUCUUUUCACCUUUUUUCUACUUUCAAGUAUGUCUUCUUCUCAUUUUAAAAUAAUUUCUUCGAUUUUUUCUUUAUUUAAAAUGCUUUGUGUGCAAACACCGCUCUGUGAACCGAAUUGCUUACCGUACCAUUGGCCGGCCAGGGCUUUUUUGCAGUGGAGCGCGCUUGCAACUAGCCCGGCCAAAGCCUUGGCCGACCGCUGGCCAGCCAAGGCCGGCCAAUGUUUUGCCCAGCCCUGGUGCCAACUGGACAAUGGUCCAUGAGACCAAGGCGGUCGCUCAGGUGAUCCGAGACAUAAGCAAAGUUGUGAGUCAUUGUUCACUAUUCCGUCUUUGACAACGUUUUUUAGCUUGCCGAGCGAGAUCCAUAUUUCGCUAUGUACACCACUCCAACUACCACACCGGGGAAGACACACUACGUGAUUCUCGACGAAACCAUCUUCAACGUCCUAACUGGUAACAAUUUUCUACUCACCGUUUUAUCUGCACAAGUUUUUCAGAGUUGGUCGUUGUAGGAUUCAGCAUGGAUUCAGACUUAAUGGACAAGACACGUAUUCUAUCGCAGAUCAAGAGCACGGUAUAUUCAUUCCUGUGAGUUUUUACUUCUCAUGAAAGUAUUAGCACAAAACACAUUUUCAGCGAGAAGAGGCGUGCGGAGUUCAACAAAAAACACGGAAAAAAUAGUUGUUCCUCAUCUGCCAAGGAUUUCAAGGACGAGCUCACAAGGUAAUUUAUUAUACUUCUCAGAAGUUGAAUGAGUAACCCUACUUUUACAGAAAUCCAAAUUUUCGCCAAAACCGGAUUGAGACUUUCGAGGACGAGAGCCAACUUUUCCACGACGACCGUGACUCUUACGUGCCCAAUUUUUAUAAUAUGUGA